AUGCAACCUACAUUUUUAGAACCUUUGGGUUCAGUUAAUUUCUCAAAAUUCAAGACCGAUAUAUCGCUGAGGAAUACAACGCAAAUCGUCUUCAGUUCAUCUUCAGCAACUGUAUGUCUAUACGAUAUACACAAGCUUGAAUGCUUUCGUGACAGUCCGAAUUGGUCACAUCAAUUUACAUGGAUACCUAUUUUAGAUUUAAAAUAUUUAUUGGAUAAUGUAUCAGACUCUCCUGAUGAUUUGUACAAUUGGCAUAUUAGUAAAGUUAUGUUUGUAAAUACUUCAACUACGGCAAGGCAAUCUUUAGCAGCAGUUCUUGUAAAUAUCAACCAGAAUCGUUCACUUGUCUGUUUUUUUCGUUCAUUGAGUACAGCGAAAUGUAACAUAAAUAUUUUAGUAAAUGGGGCAAUAACCUCACUAGAGUGGUUGCCUCUUAUCGAUAUAGGAUGUAAGCCAUCGGAAUCGCACUCCAUGAACUCUACUAUGGAUAAUACGGAUCAAGAUAUUUCCAAAGGAACAAACAAAACUUUAAGCUCUGUUUUGUCAAUUUUUGAUGGUUGUUUCGCUCUCGGCUUUCAGCAAGGACUCGUAGGUUUACUGGAUAUGUGUCUAACACAUACUCGUGAUGAUUUAUUAAAUGAUAUACCUGAAACAUCAAUUGCAGUUGAAAGAUCACAUUGUUUAAAUUGUUUUUUUUGUAAACAACCAAUAACUCAACCAUCUAAUGAUAAUAUAGAACACUCACUAGUAUAUCUUGACGCCUCAGUUCUUCGAUGGAAUGAUUUUACAUAUAAAUCUGUCAGUGGUAAAACAUUAUCUUCAAUCCCAUCUGCUGGUGUCUACGUGUCAGCCUUAAGUUAUAUUCCACAACUUCAAGGUCUUGCUGUCGGCUUCAGUUUUGGUGGUUGGCAAUUAUGGUCAUUGGAUCGACUGAAUAUGGAAUUUUGUUUGCGACAAGCUACUCCAGCUACUCCUGUGGUUAGUUUCAACUUUCUAGAACCUUCAGAUGAUCCACGAUUUUGUUGUUUUAUUUGGGUUGGUUGGCAAUCAAAACAAGAAACUGAAAGUGAUGGUGUGUUUAGAUUUACUGGAAAACAAAAUGCUGCAGGAAACUUUCAAAGUCCAACAGUAAAAUUAUUCCAGUUAUCCUAUAGACGUCGUUAUGAAUUAUUUUCAAAUAAACAUAAAGAAUUUAAUUUCUAUUACCAGGAUUUAAUUGGUAUUGCAGAACGUUUAUCUACAACAUUAUCUGGUGAUAAAAUUGACGAUAAUAAACCUCAAUAUACAUCUAGAUUACUUUCUGUUCAAUCACUUCAUGCACCGGGUGAUUUCAUUAUGGAUAAUAAUAAUAAUAAUAAUAAUAAUAAUAAUUAUCAUCAUCCCAAUAAUAAUCAUAAUCAUAAUAAUAAUAAUACUGUCAUCAGUCAUUCUAUAGGAAUGAUACGUUUAAUUGCUUUUAUAUGGAAAUUUUCCGAUUCUAUUAUUCGUAUUGGUCUGUUUGAUUUAGAUCGAUGGUAUCAUGCACAAAUGCCAACUUAUAUCAGAUCUGAUGACACGUUUGUUUCUAUUUUUGAUGCAUCAAUUCCAAAUCAAAAAGUACACUUAUUGCAUACCUAUUUAAUUGAAUCAAGUUUAAUGUCAUUUUGGAGUCGUAUUGUUCAACGUGAAUCAAAUUUAAUUCAAUAUUGUCAAUCUUAUCCUAUAUUAAUUCAUUCAAAUACUAAUUCUAUCAAUCAUUAUCAUUAUAAAAGAUCACGUCCAAUUCCUGAAGUAUUUCUACGUCCAUCUUCAUUAUCAUUUCAUUGUCUUAUAUUUUGGACUAAUGAUAGUAAUUAUAAUAAUAAUAAUAAUGUAUUGAACUUUUCUAUUACACAACAACAACAACAUCGUCCUCGUACUACUACUAACACUACUACUCAUAAUACUACUUAUCAAUAUUAUGAUUGUAUCUAUCAUCUUAGUCGAAUUAUAUUUAUAUCAUAUCAAGAAGAAUGUAUUAUAGAAUUAAAUCAAUUUAUACAGAAGAAGCCAUCAUCAUCAUUAUCAUUAUCAUCAUUCAUAAAUGAUAAAAAAUUUAAUAUAAUUCAGUGGUUAUCAAAUGCAUGGAAAUUUGGUUUACUUGUUGAAUCACCAGGUUUAGAUUCAUUAGAUGAUGAAGAAUUAAUGAAUUUAUUAAAUUAUACACAAAAUAUUACUUUAAUGAAGAAUAAAUAUACUACUGAUAAUACUACUAAUAAUUAUGGUAUUCAUUUAACCCUUGGUGAUUAUUAUGAUCAAUCUAUAAUUGAUAGUUUAAAUAAAUUAUUAUAUUAUUUAACAAUAGAACAAUUAAAUAGUAAUCUUUUUGUAUUAGAUAAUCAGAAUCCGAAUCAGGAUCGUGAUCAUGAUGGUGAUGAUAAUGAUGAUGAUGAUGAUAAUGAUGAUGAUUGUAUUUCAUCAAAACGUAAUUGUAAAUAUCGUCGAAUUGAUCAAUCAGUUAAUUCAUCAUUAUAUAAUAAAGGAAUAAAUAAAACGAGAAAGAAAUAUCAAUAUUCUUUAGAUCCUUGUUGGGUAUUAUUAGCUAAUUGUCUUUUAGAACAUGGUUGUAUUAAUGUAUUAAAGAAUUUAGAAAAUUUAUCUCCACUUGGACAAGAUUCCCCAGUCAAUCUAAAUUUCAAAUACAGUUGGAUAUGGUUACGAUUUUGUAGAUUGAAAUCUCGUUUCGACAAAUUGACAAGUGUAUUAUUUAUUCCAAAGUCAUCAAAUGAAAUGGAAUCAGUUUUAUCGAAUUCAACAGAUCAUGGUCAUUCAAGAAUACCCGAUCUUUUAGAAUUGGGUUGUACAAUUCAUCAAAUUCAACUAUUGUCAACAUUGGCGAAAUAUUGGUUCAUGGGAAAGAAUUACAAUUCCACUAUUCAUAGUCCUAAACAAUUUCAUUUAUCAACUAAAUUAUCAUCAAUUUCAAAACAACAUCCUAUAGAAUUCAGUAUUAAAACUUAUUUAUCUUAUGCAAAACUUGUUAUGUUUCUAUUUCGUUUAGGUUUAUUACCACAAGCAAAUGACAAUAAAUUCUUUACAGAUUCAUCCUAUCCUAUUAAUAGUACAGUUCUUUCACCGUAUAAUUCAUCAAUGUUAACUGAAACAAUUUCUGAAUUACGAUGUGUACGGCAUCAUCCUAUUGAUUUUGAUAUGAAUACUAAUACUACUACUAAUACUACUAUACUAAUACUACUAAUGACUGUAAAACUAAUCGAUUAA